AUGAGCCAGGCGGUAGGUAGCAGGGCCGGGAAGUCGCAGCAGGUGCGGCCGAGCGAGGAGAAAGGUAGGAAGGAACGGCGGCGAGCGCAGAGGUGUGCCGGCCGUCGAGCUGCUUACCGGAAGGGGUGCGAAAAAGCGGGCAAGCUGCGCCGGAAGGGGGUAGCCCGGGCUUCUCGCGAAGGCCUCAAAAUUUCGGACGCGACGGCGGCCCUGGACCUGCGUGCCCAGACGCAAGCCCAACCAGACUUCGGCCAGCUAGACCACCAGCAGCCGCAGCAUCACCAUCAGCAGCAGCAGCCGCCGCAGCAGCAACAGCAGCAGCCACAACAACAGCAACAGCCGCAGCAUCCGCAGCAGCAGCACAACCAAAAUCCAGAGUCGCGUCCUCACCAUCACCUGCCACAGCAGCAUCAUCAUCAGCAUCACCCGGGGAAUCAUCUCCACUCUGGCGAUUCGGGGGGUGGGAUAGGAGGUGGAGGAGGAGGCGGCGGUGGAGGAGGUGGCGGCGGCGGCGGAAGUGGCGGUGGAGGUGGCGGCGGCGGCGGAAGCGCCGGUGGUGUUGCUGUUGUUGCUGGCGGAGGACCGCCCGGACCCGAGCCGGACCGGUCCUUCGCCGGAGCCCGACCUUGA